AUGAAAGAGAAAGAUCAGAGAUCAUCAUUAUCAUAUGUUGAUGAAAAAAAGGAUUCGUCAAAUUCGUCAACAACAACGACUAGAAAAGAUGUUUAUGACGAUGACUCGUGCUUCAAAGCACCUUUACUACUUCCCCACAGGAAAGUAAAUAAUCGACGACGAAUUGUAAAUAAUGCAACAAUAAAUAAUAUUAAUAGUAAUAACAAUAAUCGAAAUGGCUUAUUAUCAGUGCAUGAAGAUAUAAAAAAUUUGGUUAAUGAAACAAACCAGUUCAUAUCAAAUGAUAAUAUUUUUGCUAUUAGUGAUAACAACACAAAUAAGACCUGUUUAUUUUCGAAUAUUAUCAGCAUAUCUUCGACGAUAAGUGAUAAAGAUAAAGUACGGGAAGAAAUUGAGGAAGAAGACGAAGAAGAAGAGGAGAAAGGAGGAGAGAAGAAAAUUGAUGAAAAGAAGGAAAAAAAGAAGAGCAAUAUAGGAAAUAAGGAUGUUUUUACUGAUAACAUUCGUAGUAGUGGUGAUAACGGCAAUAAUGGUGAUAACUGGCGACGAUAUAAAUGCGCAUGUUCUCGAAUGUAUUUGAAUUCAUUAUUACCUUGUUCGUCUUCAUUAUCAUCUCAGUGCUCAUCGCCGUUGACAGCAAUCACAACAAAUGUACCGCUUACUGCUAAUGACAUAAGAAUUGAAGCGAUAAGAGAAACAGUUAUCGACGAUUUUUCGCUUUUGCUUUUCAGGGAUAUCGAUCAUAUCAAUGUUAGUUAUGUAGAAUUAAAUUUAUUGAAAGCGAAAAAGGAAAGCGAAGAACGUAAAAAGUUAUACGAAGAAAAUUUGCGUCUUGGUUUAGCGAAGAAAAAAGGACGAAAGUGUAAAGAUGAAAAUCGAAAGGAAGAAAGAAGAUCAAAAAAAAACAAGAAAGAUACGCUUGAAAUGAUAAACGAGCGUGAUACCGCUCGUACUCUUAUCAUUCCUAAUUCGCAGUCGAUUUCAGUUAAUCCAUUUUUAAGCCAUUUGUCGAGAAAACAACUUAAAUUAUCAGUGAAAGCACAUUCCCACUUCGUUAUCGAUUUCAUUCCUUUUAAAACGAAGCUUUCACUGGAUUUUAGAAAUUCCGAUUUAAAAAGGUUAAAUAUGGAAAUCGUACAGACUUCUGGGGUCUUAGCACGAUUUGGUAUUUAA